CUUCUUACAAAUGGCGCUGUCCUGUGUGGAGGUGUGCCGAAGUUUUGCUUUGGCAUGUUAUGGACUCCAACCUAAUGGUGUCACGGUUAUGUGUUCCUCUUUCACCGCCACCUCUCGAGCAAGACUGCCUUUGUGUAGAUACUACUCAUCCUCCAAAUCAAAGCUAGGUAUUGGCCAAAAACUUGGGUCUAGGCUUCAAGUGGCCAAUGCCAAAUAUGAGCGCUUCCUCCAGAGACAUUUUCCUCGCUUUUAUGUUCUCUAUCACACUUUUACAAAAGGUUUUCGACUUCUUUUCCAGGAUGUCAGAGAGGUAAAGGUGAUAAAAACAAGGAUGCUCACCAAAGGUAUUGAAUUCAAGGACUUACCAUAUCGUGAUAUGGAGAAACUCAGGCAGUUUCGCAGAGACAUGACCAAAGCCAUUCCCCUGCUGUUAAUUUCUAUUCCACCAUUUGCCAACUACCUGGUUUUUGUCCUAAUGUACUUCUUCCCCCGCCAGCUUCUGAUCCCCCACUUCUGGACCCCUCAACAGCAAACUGAUUUUCAGAAAGUGAACCAUGCCCACAGGGCCCAGCAGUACUGGGCAGUGCUGAAGGGACUUGAAAGUGCAGGUUCACAUGUCAAAGAUGGCCAGCUGAAGAGAAGCUUACUAGACCUCUGCAACAAGAUGCAAAGUGGGGUACACCCUAACAUAUCCGACAUCCAGGCUAUUCGGAACUUGUUUUCUGGCCCUCCCCUGGGUAUUAAGAGAAUGAAUGCAAAUCAUAUGCGGCAUCUCUGUCCCCUGUUUUUCCUGACUUCCUAUCUCCCAACGCCCAUGAUUGCCUCUCGACUACACCGCCACACCCUAGAGCUGCUACAGCUGGACCGUUCUCUCAGCAGACACGGCCAGCACAGGUUGGAGGACUCUGAGCUGAGACUGGCCUGCUAUGUCAGGGGGCUUGACUCUGGUGGCCUCGACAUCAACCAGUGUCGGGAAUGGCUUUCACAGUGGCUUCAAUUAUCCUCUCGACUUAGAGAGUCCGAGGCUUCUCUACUUGUGCACACCAUGGUCUUGCUCUCUGCCAACUACUUGACAAGAAGGAACGAGUGAUCCGAUACUUCCGUUAAUACGAUUGUUUCUUAUCAAUCCGAGCAAAUAAACUUUCAGUUUGGACAGUGUAAUUACUUGAUGCAGUGGAUUUUUGUCAAAUAAAUGUGAUAACAGCAACUGUU